AUGAGAGACAUUCUGAAUGACUCUGAGACUUCAGGCAACAUUCCUCACUGCUAUAAUUCUGUGAAUGGCUCCUGUCCUAAUUCCACAUAUCCAAUUAUUAUUCGGGCUCCUCUCUACAUUUUCUUUGGAAUCACAGUGGUAUUAACAGUGGUUGGUAACCUGCUGGUCAUCACCACUGUGAUCCAUUUCAAACAGCUCCACACACCUACAAACUACCUUAUUCUCUCCCUGGCCGUUGCAGACCUGCUUUUGGGUGGCAUUGUGAUGCCCCCUAGUGUGAUGCGAUCUGUUGAGUCAUGCUGGUAUUUCGGAGAGUUCUUCUAUCGUUACUAUGCUGUAUGCCAUCCACUCCUGUAUAAAUCUAAGAUGACCAUUUCUACUGUUGGAAUAAUGACUUCCAUUAGCUGGAUUGUAUCAGCUAUAUUUGGCUAUAUAGUGGUCUUCGAAGAGUUAAACCUUUUAGGAAUGCAGGCAUUGGAUAACAUUGUUGUUUGUGAGGGUAGCUGCAUUGUAUUGCAUAGUUUGCUAUCAAGCUCCUUUUCAGCUGCUUUGUCAUUCUACAUCCCUGGUAUGAUAAUAGUCAGUAUAUAUUUAAAAAUCUUCCUUGUAGCGCAGGAACAGGCACGAUCAGUUCAAAUCAUGAAUGCCACUAGGAAGUCGUCACUUACUAGAAUGGAGAGGAAGGCUACCAAAACCCUUGCCAUUAUAAUGGGUGUAUUUCUGUCAUCAUGGAUACCCUUUGUUCUUGUUUUUACAAUUGAUCCAUAUAUUGAUUAUAAAACUCCACCGUUAGUAUUUGAUUUAGUCACCUGGAUUGGAUAUCUAAAUUCAACAUUUAAUCCUGUGGUCUAUGCAUAUUUUUAUAGUUGGUUCAGGCAUGCAUUGAAAAUCAUCAUGUCGGGUAAAAUAUUUCAAAACGGCUCCUCGAGAAUUCAGCUGUUUUCAGUCUGA